AAGAUUUCAAACAUGGUUGGGAGAAGAAGUUCCUCAGGAAGUAAGAAGCCUCCUGUUGUUUCAGAGCCAGCAGUGCCCCACAGAUCUAAGAGACCCAAGAGAAACAUCUCCCCAAAAAGCUAUGAUAUCACAGCUGGCUUAUCUUGGAAAGAGGAACGUGAACUAAAGAAAGCUUUGUAUGCAUCACUGCAAGAAUCUAAAAAAGCUUCAACAUCCAAACCAGAUACAGCAACUGACUGGAAAACGCCUAGUGAUGCAGGAUUUCGACCAAUCAAAACCAAGCCAUCAACAACAAGGAUGACUCGGAGCUUCAGCUCACCAAACGUUCCGUCCACACCGGUCACUAGUGGUCAGUCUGUAAACAGCGUGGACGAGACCAGCCAGGACUCAACAGUAUCCUUACCAAUCAACACGUCUACUCUUCAAUCCAAAAAGACCAAGGUACGUGCCCAGAGGAAGUUUGCCAUGAACCAACCCAACACUAUUACUCCUUCUUCAGAAACCAGCUCUACUCCAGUGCCAAAAGCUACAACAUCGUCCACUAUCGUAUUUCCAAAGAGGGCAAAAACCGAGGACUUCCUGACUUUCCUGUGUCUCAGAGGAACAUCUCUUUUGCCGCCACAUUUGGACUUCUUUAACUACAGUCGUUAUGACAACAGCAGUUUGAGUGGGCGUAAUGGUAGAGACAGCUCCUCUUCCUCCUCCUCCACCAGUAUCAGUAAUGGAACAGAGGAGCCGAUGUUUACACCGGUGAACAAAUUUACAACACCAUGUAAGAAGGCUGCCCGAGCCAGUGCGGGUACACCAGAGACAUGUAGGGGUCUGGCUGGAGUCAAAAGACUAGACAAGACACCAAAAACCAAGUCACCUCUCGCUCGCCGUGGACGGCCUGCAAGGGCAUUGAACAUCACUCCUGUCAAAACUCCACCUAUUAAAGAGACCUCACCAUCAAAGAUCAUCAACAACAGGCUCGGAAAGAGAAGAUUGGGAAAGGAUAGACUAGCUUCCAAGAGGAAGGCUGUGGCCACACUGACCCAAAAGGCUCCACCUGUCAAGUUCAAGAAAACAGAACCUGCUGAAGAACAAAAUAAAGCUAACAAGGUAACAAAAGCACUUGGUGUUGCUUGUAGUGACAUUGUAUCCUGUAGUUUGCAUGGUAGAAUGGUGGACUGCACUUGUCUUGUGGAAUGCCAGAAUAUAUUUACACCAGCAUAUAGCACUAACAUAGAUGCUUCUCUCACCAACUUAUGUAUCUCAAACUUCCCUGACCUGUUUCCACUUAUCCCUCCUGAUUUCUACAAUCUGUCUGAGAAUGAUCAUCCGCCUGAAUUGUACUCUGAUGUACAAGAGGAGUGUGACCUAGUAAACAAAGAUAAUGCAGAGAAUGUCCAAACAUCAGAUGGUAACAUGCUUCAGACUGUCCAGUCAGAAGUUACAGAAGACAUCAAAAUGUUGACUGAUGACAUGUUGGAUGCUGCUAAGCAGAAUUCCCCUGUAGAGAAAGCCAUUGCGACAGUGAUUCAGACUCGUUUGUCCGAUGAUGAUGUUCUGUUUGCUACCUCUGCCAUCAAGAUUUGUAAAAUAGAGACAGAAGAACAGCAAACUAAUUCUGGUACCAGUGUACAACCAUCACAUCAGACAGAGGAAGGAGUAGAGGAGAUGCUUACUUUGAAGGAGGAACAAGAUCUUUCUGAUGAGGAGUAUCAGUCUAUUUUGUCUUCUAAUGGAUUGACCUAUUUACAGGAAAUACCAGAGCUUGUUCUGAAAGAGGAACCAGAUUUCCUUGAUUUAGAUCAUGGAGGUUUAAGUGUAUUUUCUGAGCCAUUUUUACAACCAGGGAACACAAAUGACUUAGCAUCCAGUAAUCCUGAAUCAGCUUGCUCCAACUCAGUCCAACAAGAGGGACAGAUUUGCACUUUAUCACAAGAUACAACUUUAUCAAACCAAGAUCAGUUUUAUCCUGAAGGUGAUGCUGUGAACAAGAAAGAGUCUCCAAACACUGUUUUGAAUACUUCUCAGACUUCUGCACAUUCAUUUUGUGUGGAAGUGCGAAGAGUCCCUGACCAUGAAGUCAUAUGUAGUGGUAAGAGUUGUGAUGUGACUAAAAGUACAUACCCAGGAAAUGUUACAGAUGAUUCCAAAAUGGAAGAUACAGGUUUGUCUUACGUUCAGAAUGGGGAUAAUAUCUCAGAUAUCAGGAAGAUCACUUCGCCAUCACUAGCAGGUGACCUGUUUUAUGAAAAUCAACAAAAGCUAAAGAGUUCUACAGAAUUGAUGUCUAACAGUGAAGCCUGUAUUGUUGGUGCUAACAAACCUCAAGAUUUUGAGUAUAGGCAUACUGCAGCAGGUUUGGAAUAUACCAAAAACUCUGAAAAUAAACCAGUGUAUGAACAGGAUAAGGAUGUUCCUCUAGAUCUAAGUUUACCAAAAGAGCAAAAGCAUGGAUCAGGAAAGAAUACUGAAAUUUGUAACAGGGAUCUUUCUCUGAUUCCUCUAAGCUCAGAAAGACUCAUACAUGUACCCUCUUUACUCAAUCAGGGUAUUACUUCUAUAAAGAUAGAAACAGACAAAAUCAUCAUUCAUCACAAAUCUAAGAGAGAGCAAACUGAGAUGUCAUCAAAUGAACAGAUUGUUAAACACCUAGGAAUUGGCCUCAAGGUACAGAACAGGUGUGAUGAGAGAAGACAGGUCAAUGUUGUUCUGCCUUAUUGUUUAGUUAAGAGUGAUGUUUCUUCAAAGGUUGUUGCCCCUCUAAACAACAGCAUGAAUGUUGAUACUGAGGAACUGAAAUCACCUGGACGUGUGGACUGUAGUGGAGAUCAAAUUGUACCACUUGACCUACAUACAGAUUCCAAUAAAGAAACAUUUGCAGCAGAGGAAACAGAUUCCAAUCUACCAAAACUCCAUGCAGUUAAUUGUUUGUCCUUGAAGCGACCACUUAUGAUUAAGACAGAUGCAAUUAAGCUAGGAAGUAAUGUCUUUCAGAGGCCUCCACAUAUGCCAGGGAUUGUCUGGAAAUCAAAUAAAAAACCUGUAAUCGAUUUCGCAAAAUCCAAAGGUCAGCCUUUUAGUGAUGUUCAUUUCCCACAAUCCAUCAGUCGACCUCUGAGUGAUACAUCCUCUAUGGAGACAUUGUCCAAUGAUACCCAGAGCCACCCAGCACCACUUAUCAACCAUUCUUCCUAUGAAUUAGAAGAGAAACAUUGCUCUGGCUCUCAGAAUCACCAUGCACCACUUGCCACACAUUCUACACGGCAGUUGUCGCAUGAUUCAGUAAUGACACCCACCUCUAUCUCAGACAGACACCUGUUGCCACUGACAGAACAGUCUGCACGGCAGAUAUCCCGGAAUUCAAGAGAGAAGCUUCCCAGUAUCACCCAGACAAACCUGAUGCCUGAUCUAUUAAGGAACCUCAAUGAUUGUCUAAAUAUGAGCAGGAAGGAAGCAGAAGUGUCUGAGACUGCUGCUGUGUCAGUUCUUACUGAUGAUUCUCUACAGAAACCAAUGGUUACUUCAUACCUCUCCCCACCUCUGCAGCCAACAAUUCCUCAGGAAUCUCUCUCAUCAGAGAGUGAGACAGAUAAUGUGAGGUUUAAAUGCAGAAAAGACUUUCUAAAGGAAUUUCGGAUCCACCCUUCAGAAGUUGAUGAGAAUUGCAAUACCAGAGUUUCACAGUCUCAAGCCUCUCCUUGGUUUGGACAGUAUGUACAGCAUGGACUUUUAGAUAGCAGUAACAAUAAUGAUGUUGAGACUAAGGAUAAAGGAAAACAUGGAGAAAGCAAGGAUACAGAGCAACAUCAAUCAAACACUCCUUCAUCACAGUUGAUGGAUUCCAUGGAAAACUGUCAGAUUCUCAAUGUUGAUUCUCAUAUUCUUCAGGAAAACAAGAGAAAAUCUUGUGAUGGAAGUUAUAGUAGUAAAUCUAUUGAUGAAAAUAGGAACAUCCUAAUCAUGGACAGAAAUAUACAUGACAGAAAUAAUUGUUCUGUUCCCAAUAUAAACUGCCAGCAAAGGAAGGGGUUGUACCCUUUACCCCCUGCUAUAAUGUCCUCAUGGUAUUUCCCACCUAAGUGUGCCUUGCAGGUGACUCGACAAACGUCCAAGAAACGACCAAUCGGACCAAAGAUCAAUAAAGUAAUGACACUGCCUAAUGACUAUAUUGCCAUGCGGUUACCACGGAGACAAGCGAAGCAAAAUGCACUCAAAUUUUACAUGGAGGAUCUCGAUGACGUUGAAGAGCGUUCAACAUCUGAUGAUGAAGUCACAUUCCCUCAUAAAAGAAAAUUUAAAGAAUUCAUGUCUGAAGCUCAUGAUUUCCCUUUUAAAAAUUCUAGAUUUAAAAAAAUGAAUAAAAAUUCACUUAAAUCUACAACACAUGGUAGACAGCUGUUAAGGAAUAGGUUAAAAUUUAAUAAAGAUUUUAGUCAUGGUGAAAGAAGAAGUACUAGAUCAUCUAGCAAAUCGAGUGACUCCAACUCUACUGAAAGUAGUGAUGUUUCCAAGAGAAAUGUCAAUCAGGAUUUCAGUGGCUCAAAUAUUAAAAGUAAUAAAGAUAAAAGUAAUAAUGAUAAACAUCAAACAAAUGUCCCUGAGCGCCGUCCAGUUCGACAACAACGUGUUACGAGAUUGUCAGAAUCCAAUACUCAUCCCAACAGUAACUCGGAAUCAUCACCUGAACAACCAAAGACGAGAAAAAAUAGUGUUGGAUCUAAGAAUCUGAGAUUACGGGAUUCAGAGAGUCCUUUAAAAUCCCUGCGGUCAGACACACCACAAUCUCCCCGUGAGAUCUCUACUAGCCUUACUGAAAUACCAACCUUUUACCCGACCGAGGAAGAGUUUCAGCGCCCCCUACAAUACGUCCAGAGCAUUGCUCCAAGAGCAGAACCAUAUGGGAUGUGUAAAAUCAUACCCCCAGUCAGCUGGAAGAUGGAAGGUAAAAUCAGUGAAGAUAUAAGGUUUACCUCUCAGAAACAGUAUACACACAAACUGUUUAAAAGGUUUGGCCCAAAUGUGGAGAAGCUAGAGUGUAUCAGAAAACAUCUGGAAGCUUUAAAUCCAGCAGAACAAAUCCAGAUACCAGAGAUAGGAGGGGUGGAGCUGGAUGUUUGUGACCUGGACAGAACGAUUCAGGACUUUGGUGGAAUGAGGCAUGAAGUGGAGAAAAAGAAGUGGGCCAGAGUGGCUGAUGCUAUGAAUGUUCCAAAAAUGGCACAGGAUCGAGGCACUAAACUGUAUGAUGCAUACUGUAAGUUUCUGCUUUCUUACAAUGACUUGACUGCCGAGGAGAAAUCUAAACUUGAAGGUCAGGUCAAGGCUGAGAGAAUGAAGGUCAAACGAGAGGACCAGGAAGAAGACUGUAUUGUCAAGGGAAAGAACAUGUCCUUGGGUCGAUUUAUUCAGAUGGCUAGGAACACUGCCUCACAACACCUGAAGGAGCAGACCCUAAAAACAGAGGAGUUGGAGAAACAGUUCUGGGAGAUAGUCGGGAGCAGGACCAGACAUAUAGCAGUCCAUGGAGGCCAUGUAGACACAAAAACCCAGAACUGUAGCUUAUUUCCUACCAAAAAAGAAAACCAUUACUCUAAACAUCCCUGGAACCUGAAUCUGCUCCCACAACAUUCCCAGUCUCUGUUGAGAUACCUAGGACCCGUACCAGGAGUAACAGUACCCACUCUACAUGUUGGUAUGCUGUACACUGCCUCCUGUUGGUCCACUGACAUCCAUCAUCUGCCAUACGUCCAGUAUUUACAUGGAGAGGGGGACAUUGUGUGGUAUGCUGUGCCAGCUCAAGAGGAGGCCAAGUUUAAAUCUGUGAUGAAGGAGGUUAUUCCAACUCUAGUCAGUAACUCACCCCGAUGGCUCAAAGAGGACACUGCUAUGGUGCCUCCUGAGAUUCUCCUACAGAAGGGGGUCCACUUGAGUCGUUGUGUUCAGUCUCCCCACCAGUUUGUGGUUGUCUUCCCUAAAUGUUACACUGCCACUAUCAGCUGUGGAUACACUCUCGCUGAGUCAGCUCACUUUGCAACUAAAGAAUGGAUUCAGCUUGGCUUCCAAACAGCUGAGACCUUGCAGACUUGUCAGGAGCCAGAGCUGUUCUCUAUGGAUGAACUUGUCUGUCAGAUAAUGGAAGACACAACCACACCUCCUGAUCUUCUUAGACUCGGCAUUCCAGCUUUUGAGCAAAUACUGUAG